AUGAUUGCAAUCGAUAAUAGUACAAUGAAUUCUCAUCAUGAAGGUGAACAUACGAUUGGUACAAUGAUUUUAUUUUUGUCAUUUGCCGUCUUGGCUGGAUGUAUAUGCAAAUUAAUACUUUCACAAAUAUUGAAAAAUAAAUUUCCUGCUCCAUUUACAGUAAUCGUACUCAUUUUUGGUUUCACUGUUGGUAUGAUUAUAGGUCAUAUUAAUGUGAUGAGUAAUGAUUUUUUACUUGGUGAAAAAGAAUUGAGAGAAAUUAAUCCUCAUCUUAUUUAUUAUAUUUUUCUACCAUUACUCAUAUUCAAUUCUGCUUUUAAUAGUCAUUUUCAUGUUAUUCGACCACAAAUCAUAUCUGCUAUACUUCUAGCUGGUCCUGGUGUGCUCAUUUCUAUUGCUAUUAUUGCAGCAUUUGCCAUCUAUAUAUUUCCAUAUCAUUGGUCUUGGCUAGUUAGUAUCAUGUUUGGAAGUACACCGGAAAGUGAACGCAUUUUGUUACAAGCUCUCGAACAUAUGCGUAGACAAACGAUGAAUCAACUGCAUAAAAUGAAACAGGAAAAACAAUUUUCUGAUGUCGAUUGGAAUAUGCUCAAUGAAUAUUUACCAGAUAGAUUAGUUCAAAAAAUGGAUGAACAACGAAACACUACUAUUCAUCAACAAUUUUCCGUUGUACCAAGUUUAAUUCAUAAUUUAUCGCCACAUACUUAUCGAAAACGUACGAUCACAAAUAUUGAAUUCAAGAAACUUCCAAUUGGCGAUUUUCGAUCCAAUAAUAAAAAACAAAAUAUAAACUUUCGAAAUGAAUUGAUUAUUCGUUUUCUUACAGCAUUAUUGGUUGAUUAUGAAAAGCAAUGGUAUUUGGGAAUGAUUCGUCGACGAACACUUUACAUAUUGAUUAAAUCAAUCGAAAAAGCUAAACAUCAACAUUCUCUAAAACUUCAUUGGAAAUUGAUCGUUGAACAUUUUCGGUUGUCGAAAUGGUUAUAA